UUUCCUUUCCGGCCAACUGGGCGAUCGCAUCGAGGUGAAGUAUCAUCUGAUCGGGUCAUUUUCAAACGAUCGUCCAUCCUGAGAUGGAGCGUUACCUGUCAGCUGUCGCUCUGCUUGCUCUGUCAGCGGUGGUUGCCGUCGUUGGAGUGGAAACGGAAGGAUCUAACUCCACUGCGGGUGCACUGGUAGAGGCCAGGUACGAUCAUUAUGAAGACAUCUUCCGAUACUGGUGGCCUUGGUUCACGGACCUAUCGACGGUCGUCGCGAUCAAGCUAAAGAUCUGGAUCGUACUGGUAGCGAUGCACGUGUUCGGCGAUGGGUACUACUGGUCCAAGUGGACCGGGUCCGGUGAACCGACUUACCAUCAACCGCCAGGCUUUGGUUGGGGUCGUCGUAAGCGGAGGGCUAUUGACCAAGAGGAUACGGGCAUGGCGGAGCUAAUUUUCAACCAGCUCGACAUCGAAGACGACACAUGCCGAAAGCGCAUCGUGUGUGAGCUCUAUCUCGAAGGCAAACGGGUGCCGGAGCUGUGGCGAGCGUUGGCCGCCCCAGGAUAUGAAGUGUUUCGUGCCUAUCGUCCAAAAGCGACCGUUCGUAGCUCGGCACAAUGUCGCAAGCUUUACCAGUGUGAGCUUUCGCAUAGAAAGGAUGGAACAGCGGGGUGGUUUCAGCAACCAAAUGCACUAACUGAUACGGAUGGAGAUGAUUGGCGAUGGCCACGGUAA